UAAAUUCUACAAAUCUAGUUAAUUUUGAGCCGAAUAUUUGAAAAUGUGAUGAUCAUUGGUGAUGAUAUUAUAUAGAAGAUUGGUGUUUAGCUUCGCGAGAAAAUCAUAUAUCUCAAAUUAUGUAUCGAAAUUUUUAUAUUACAAAGAAGCUUUAGUUUACCCAUCAUUUAAUACCCUAGAUUCAAAUUAUAAAGGUAACUUUUUGCCAAGAUAUUUCUCAUCAACAUCAACUAUACAUAAUAAAACUGAUAAUCAACAAAAAAAUGAAUUAAUACCUAAACAAAAGACUGAACCUGAUGAAAAUGACAAAAGUCUUUCAGCAUGGCAACGUUUCAAAAUCAUGAUGAAAAAAUACUGGUAUGUCUUGAUACCAGUACAUGCUGUAACGACUGCCUUUUGGUUAUGUUCAUUUUGUGGACUUGAUAUUGUUCCUUUAUUAGAAAAGUUGUCUAUUCCAGAAAAAUAUAUUGACCCUAUAAAAAAAAGUGGUGCAAGUAAUUUUGCUGUAGCCUAUGCUUUAUAUAAAAUAAUUACCCCUAUAAGAUAUGGUGUAACUCUUGGAGUAACAACAUUUUCAAUAAAUUAUUUGAGAAAACUUGGUUACAUAAAACAUGUUCCAUCUAGCCAACAAAUUAAAAAGAUGGUGAGAAGUUUAAGAGAAGAAAGAAUUAAAAAAAGAGCAAAAAGAGAAAAUAAAAAAUUAUAGUAGUUAAAUUUUAAAUGUUGAUUUAUAAUUUGGACAAUAAAAUUUAGUAUUCAGAAGAUUUGAAUGUUUAUAUAUUUCAGCAUCAAUUCCUAUAUUUAAAUUAUAAAUAAUACAAAUGGGUUUACUUCUUCAGCAAUUUAUAAUUUUUUAAUUAAU